AAUGCCCGUUUUGGAAAACAUUGUCACAUGACGCUGCGGAAGUGACCGGUAGACGCACUUUCAAGAUCACCCGGGACGGUCUUUAGUCUUGAACUUAUGCAACUAGUCAACAAAUUUAUUUCUUAAUUCCUUUUAGAUUUAUAUUUAUCAUGGCUAAUUCUUCAGUGUUUGCUACUGCAGGUGGAGUUCGUCAAAUUGCAAAUUUGUCUGCCCGCCAUUGUCCUUUUGUAUCCAGUUUAAACCCAAAAUUUCUGAAGAACUAUGGAGCGUCUAUGAUGAAACUGUAUUCUGAUCAGUGUCCAUUCAUGAGGCACUAUGCAUCAUCAAUUAAAAAUUCUGAAAAUGUUGAAAAAGUCCCCGAGAUGAAGUGUCCUUUUCUCCAGCAAGUAAAGCCAUCUGUUAAAGUUGCAAGCACAGAAAUACAAGAAGAUGUUAUUGACCUUACUGCAAAUAAAAAAUCAACUGGGCAAUUCCAAUAUGAAGAUUUCUUUUUGGGAGAAAUAGCUAAAAAGAAAAGGGAUUUUUCAUACAGGAUAUUUAAAAAAGUAAACCGAAAGGCUGAUAAUUUUCCUUGUGCAAAUGAAUAUAGUGAAGGUGAAAAGAAAGUUCUCAUUUGGUGUUCAAAUGACUAUUUAGGUAUGAGUAGCCAUCCAUCUGUUCGAAAAGCUGUCAUAGAAGCUGUUGAAGAGUAUGGUGCUGGUGCUGGUGGAACUAGAAAUAUUUCUGGAAAUUCAACAUGCCAUGAAGAAUUGGAGAAAGAAUUGGCAUCACUUCAUCAUAAAGGAGCAGCCCUACUUUUUACUUCCUGCUAUGUAGCCAAUGAUUCGACCCUCUAUACUUUGGGAAAACAUUUACCUGGUUGCCAUAUUUUUUCUGAUUCUGGAAAUCAUGCUAGCAUGAUUCAAGGAAUAAGAAAUUCAAAUUGUCCUAAACACAUUUUCAAGCACAAUGAUCCUCGUGACUUAGAGGAAAAAUUGAAAGCUGUUGAUCGUGGAAUUCCCAAAAUUGUUGCAUUUGAAACUGUGCAUUCAAUGACUGGCGCUGUUUGUCCUUUAGAGGAACUGUGUGAUGUUGCUCAUAAAUAUGGUGCACUUACAUUUGUUGAUGAGGUGCAUGCUGUUGGCUUGUAUGGGAGAAAUGGAGCGGGUAUUGGAGAAAGAGAUGGUGUGCUUCAAAAAAUGGAUAUUAUAUCUGGAACUCUUGGAAAAGCGUUUGGUAACAUUGGUGGUUACAUAGCAUCUACAGAUGUGAUUGUUGAUAUGAUCAGAAGUUAUGCAGCCGGCUUUAUAUUUACGACUUCAUUACCACCUACAGUAUUAAAAGGAUCUCUUGCGUCUAUCAAGAUUUUAAAAAGUGAUGAAGGCAGGCAACUAAGGGAGAAACAUCAGCAUAAUGUAAAAUAUCUGAGAAACGCUCUAAAAAAUGCUGGCAUUCCUGUAGUUCAUUGCCCUAGCCAUAUAAUUCCUGUCCAUGUUGGAAAUCCUUAUUUAAAUACUCAGGUAUCUAAUGAAUUGCUUACAAAAUAUGGGCACUAUGUACAAGCAAUAAAUUAUCCGACUGUUCCGGUUGGACAAGAAAAGUUAAGGAUAGCUCCAACUCCCUCUCAUUCCAAACUAUUAAUGGACAAAUUUGUGUCUGAUCUUGUAGAUUCAUGGAAGUCUGUAGGACUACCUUUGUGUGAAAACUUCUGUAAUGAGGAAUGUGAAUUUUGCAAAAAGCCCUUAUUGUUUGAGCGCUAUGAAUCUAGAAUUCUUCCACCUUGUGGAGGUCUUGGAGGUUGUCCUCAGAUUUCUGUUCACUGAAAAAUUGGAACCAUGCAAGUGCAAGCAUUAGAUGAAAGUGUUAAUAUAUAAAUAAAUAAUUUUAUAGUA